CACCAUUUGUUCCUCCACGUCUUGCUGCUUGCACUUCAAGUUCAAGUUGAAACUUGAAAGCCCGCCACAGCAGCUGAAGUGCUACACAGCUGCUGCACCUCCCAAUUUUUAAAAGCACUAGGCGCGCACGUUGAUGUUCUUUUGAGGUUGGUUUCGAUAUCCAGGAAGAGCGGAUUGCAGAGGAUUUAAACCUCUCCCUGUUCUAGGCCUUGGUGGCAUUUGGGAUGGGUCUCCGCCACCUCGCCCGCCUGGCUGGAAUUGCACAACGGGUGCAGUCCACAAGAGGUGGUGGUAUCGUCUCAGACUUGCCAGGGUCUUGGCAACAAGCCUGGAGUGGUGUCUCCACAGCAUUCAGGCUGGAACAGCAUCGCUUUGCGUCCUACGAUUCGGACGAUCGCCGGGUCCGGCACACCACUGUCCUGUGCGUCCGAAAGGAUAAUACGGUGGUGAUCAUGGCGGACGGGCAGGUCACCCUGGGGUCGCAGAUCAUCAAGCCCAAUGUCAAGAAGGUCCGGAGGAUCGCAGACGGAGUGAUUGGAGGCUUUGCAGGAACAACGGCGGACGCAUUCACGCUCUUUGAGCGGCUGGAAAACAAGCUCGAUGAGAACCAAGGUCAGGUAAGAACGCUCUUCUCUUUGAUACGGGCAGCAGUGGAUCUUGCCAAGGCCUGGCGAACGGAUAAGUACUUGCGAAAGCUCGACGCUGUGAUGGUGGUUGCGGACAAGGACGUCUCGCUCACGAUCACGGGAAACGGUGACGUCUUGGAGCCGCACGAUGGGGUCAUAGGAAUUGGAUCUGGGGGACCCUACGCCUUGUCGGCUGCACGGGCACUCAUCGACAUUCCGGGAAUGGAUGCUGAGGCAAUCGCUCGAAAGUCGAUGACAAUAGCUGCGGACGUCUGCAUAUACACAAACCAUAACUUUGUCACGGAGACGAUCGUCAAGGGAGAAAGACCCAGUCCUGCUCCGACCAGUUCACAAGCAGCACAAGAAGCAGUCAAGGGUGUUACCGAACCAACGGCAGAAAGUGAUUCAGAUAAAGUAGACAUAGAAUCUCUGGGGGAAGAGCCUUUCAAAAGCAGAACGGGUUCAUCGAGAAUCGGAACGACAUUCAUGAUUGAUCUAUAGAAGCAUCCAAAGGUAGGCCUUGUAAAUCUGGUGACCUAAGACGUGCGCGCUAUCAAUGGAGAAAGAAGCCCUUUUCCUUUUCUUGAUGUGCCAAUUUUGCAGGCGCUUUAGGACAGCGUCCAACAUAGUUGAUUCAUGAU